AUAAAGCAGAAAUAGAUGUUUUUCUGGAACUCUCUUGCUUUUUCCAUGAUCCAGCGGAUGAUGGCAAUUUGAUCUCUGGUUCCUCUGCCUUUUCUAAAACCAGCUUGAACAUCUGGAAGUUGACGGUCAAGCAAGGAAAAGUAACGGUAAAAUGUCGGCAGGCGUCGCGCGCAGCCUCGGGCUAGCCCCGCCUCAAGGGGCGGGCUCCGGGCGCUGAUUGGCCUGCCUUGGCAUCGCUCGGGUUGGCGGGAGGUCUCGGGGCCCGCGGUGCGCGGUGGAGCGAACUGCGAGUAACCGUCUGGAGCGUUCCGUGUCUGUGAAAGGCUGGCCGUCGGUUCGGCCCUCGCUCACCAGCCUCAGGUUUCUGCAGGAAUCGUGGGAAACCAAAAUGAGACAUAAUCAGCUGUGUUGUGAGACACCACCUACUGUCACUGUACAUGUAAAAUCGGGGUCAAAUAGAUUGCAUCAGCCUAAAAAACCCAUUACCCUGAAGCGUCCUAUUUUUAAAGAUAGUUGGCCAGCAUCUGAAAAAAAUGCACAUAAUAGCAACAAGUCUAAACGCCCCAAAGGACCCUGUCUAGUUAUACAGCGUCAGGAAAUGACUGCUUUCUUUAAAUUAUUUGAUGAUGAUUUAAUUCAGGAUUUCUUGUGGAUGGACUGCUGCUGUAAAAUUGCAGACAAGUAUCUUUUGGCUAUGACCUUUGUUUAUUUCAAGAGAGCUAAAUUUACUGUAAAUGAGCAUACCAGGAUAAAUUUCUUUAUUGCUCUGUAUCUCGCUAAUACAGUUGAAGAAGAUGAAGAAGAAUCCAAAUAUGAAAUUUUUCCAUGGGCUUUAGGGAAAAACUGGAGAAAAUUAUUCCCUGACUUCUUAAAGUUAAGGGACCAACUCUGGGAUAGAAUUGACUAUAGGGCUAUUGUAAGCAGGCGAUGCUGUGAGGAGGUUAUGGCCAUUGCUCCAACCCAUUAUAUAUGGCAACGAGAACGCUCUGUGCAUCACAGUGGAGCUGUUAGAAACUACAACAGAGAUGAAGUUCAACUGCCCCGGGGACCUAGUGCCACACCGGUAGAUUGUUCACUAUGUGGUAACAAAGGAAGAUAUGUUAGACUGGGAUUGUCUUCAUCAUCUUCUUCAUCCAGUGAUACACUAGAGGUGGUGGAGAAACAUUCUCAGGAAUCACACAACUCAUUCUCAGUGGACAAAAUAGUUGAUACUUCUCAAGCUUAUAGCUAUUCUCAAGCCAAUGACCAUCAAUCAAAGAAAGAAAAGAAAACUAAUUGCAUGAAGAAAGACAAAUCUAUGGAGUGGUUUACAGGAAGUGAAGAAUGAAAUGGCUCAACUAAACCAACUUGGAAUCAUUUACUACAAAAUGC